GCGGUUGCUAUCUGACGUAGCUAUUUGAAUGAAGCGUAAUAGAGAGAUAAAUAGCAAUAAAUAGCGGCGAUGGCGCGGCCAGUCACGUCGGACUUCAUGUCGCGAGCAGCAGCGCGUUCUCGGGCCACGUUACAAUUCGUUAAGUUCCAAUUUCGCAGAACAUCGCGAAUUAUCAGUGCGGUGCAGUAGGCAUCGCGGCGAUAAGAAAUAUGUUAAUAGGAGACGCGAAUUGGCAGGUCAUCCGUCGUACAUAGAUCGCGAGAGAAGAUAGCGUAAGACACGUCGUCUUUUUCGUCUCUCCCUGUCUUUCAUUGCGGAGCACGUAAUUCCCUUUUUCCGUUCGAUCUGUGUAACCCUGCCGCCCUCGUAAAGAAGAAAGACCCGAAGAGAUAUAAACGACCACAACGAAAGAAGAAGAGAAUUCAACGAAAAUGUCAUUCGAGGGGAAGUAUAACGCGAAAAGUCCAGCGGUGAAAAGGUUAAUGAGAGAGGCACAAGAGCUACAUGAGGCUACAGAAGAAUAUUAUGCAUCUCCUCUUGAUGACAAUCUGUUCGAAUGGCAUUUUACGGUACAAGGACCACCGUCUACAGACUUUGAAGGUGGUGUUUAUCAUGGUAGAAUCUUACUGCCACCAGAAUAUCCCAUGAAGCCACCAAAUAUCAUCCUAUUGACACCAAAUGGACGUUUUGAAACCAAUAAGAAAAUAUGCUUGAGUAUUUCUGGUCAUCAUCCUGAAACUUGGCAACCGUCAUGGAGUAUCAGAACAGCUUUGUUGGCUCUGAUAGCUUUCAUGCCUACACCAGGCAGUGGCACUAUUGGAGCAUUAGACUACAGCACUGAAGAACGACAAAAGCUUGCUAAAAAGUCACUUAACUGGCAAUGUGAUAUAUGUGGAAAAGUUGUUGAUUUAUUGUCAAAAAACUCGGUUAAGAAACCCAUUACUGAGGAAGAGCAAACUAUGCUGGAUACAAUCGCCCUAAAAGCUGAUGAUUCACCUACAUCAGAUAUAUUAUUUACGGACAGCACAGAAAGUGCGCCCGAAAGCGAGAUACGGCAGCGUAAUGUGGAAACAAUUAUGACAGAAAAUGCGGACCGCCAGCAGACCGACAUUAUUUUGAAUCGCGUAGAUACAAUGUCUUCUUCAAACGACUUAUUUUGGAGUAUUCUUAUCGCUUCCUUAGUGUCCGCGAUUAUUCUGUUAAUCUUACGACGGCUAUUUCUUGUUUAACUUCUUUAUGUAAAAUACAUGAAUGUUAUGUAAAAAAAAAAUUAAAUAACUUUUAUACACGGAUAUCGGUUUUAAACUAAAAGAAAAAUCGAAUUCGUACAUACUAAAAAAUUGUCUAAUUAAUUUCUAUGAAAUAAAACUGAAAUACAUCUACAAAAUGAAAGUAUACAUUAGUAGAAGUAUCGGUAUACAUAUCUACUUUGUUUAUGUAAACUGCAUUUGUAUCUUGUUUAGGGCAUUCUAAUCUCUUUGAUAAAAGUUGUUGAACGUAGUACCGCAAAUACUUCGAAGCAUUAUUUUAUCUUUUCUCUAUCCAAAGAAGAAUAAAAUGAUAGAAUAAUGUUUUUAAGCACGUGCAACGCUAUUUUAAUCACAGUCAAAAUGAAAAGAUUGAAAUUAAUAACACCUCCUAUUAUUGCUGUCAUUAAUGUACAUAUCUUAUGAGAGUUUUUUGUUAUUCACUUUGGUAAUAUUAUAUGAUGUGUAACGUGACAAGAGUUUUAAUUUGCCAGUAAAUAACUAAAAACAAUCUGUGUACAACGCGGAGGCGAUUGCUUAUUAAUAUAUUGUAGUAUUAAAUAAUAAAAUCAUGUGUGUCGUGAUCCAAAAUAUUACUGCAUAAGAUUUUUGUUGUAUAUUUUACAUUUUAGUAUUUCAAAUAUAACAGUGAGGAAGAGAAACAGAGAGAGAAAGAGAAAGAGA